AUGAAGCAGCGAUUGUUGGCGCUGCAGCUGCUGAAGCUGCUGCUGCUGCUGCCGCUGCCGCCGCUGCCACGAGCGCUGCGCGAGGCGCGCUGCCGCCCUGAGCCCUGCAACUGCACGCCCGACGGCGCCCUGCGCUGCCCCGGCCCCGGGGCCGGUCUCACUCGACUAUCACUCGCCCACCUCCCUGUCAAAGUGAUCCCAUCUCAAGCUUUCAGAGGACUUAAUGAGGUCAUAAAAAUUGAAAUCUCUCAGAGUGAUUCCCUGGAAAGGAUAGAAGCUAAUGCCUUUGACAACCUCCUCAAUUUGUCUGAAAUACUGAUCCAGAACACCAAAAAUCUGAUACACAUUGAGCCGGGAGCAUUUACAAAUCUUCCCCGAUUAAAAUACUUAAGCAUCUGUAACACAGGCAUCAGAAAGUUUCCAGAUGUUACGAAGAUCUUCUCCACUGAAAUUAAUUUCAUUCUGGAAAUUUGUGAUAACUUACACAUAACCACCAUACCAGGAAAUGCUUUUCAAGGGAUGAAUAAUGAAUCCAUAACACUCCAACUAUAUGGAAACGGAUUUGAAGAAGUACAAAGUCAUGCGUUCAAUGGUACGACAGUGAUUUCGCUGGUACUAAAGGAAAAUGUACAUCUGGAGAGGAUACACAAUGGAGCCUUCCGUGGGGCCACGGGGCCCAGCAUCUUGGAUAUUUCUUCCACCAAAUUGCAGGCCCUGCCGAGCCAUGGCCUAGAGUCCAUUCAGACGCUAAUUGCCACGUCAUCCUAUUCUCUAAAAAAAUUGCCAUCGAGAGAAAGAUUUGUCAAUCUCCUGGAUGCCACACUGACUUAUCCCAGCCACUGCUGUGCUUUUAGAAACGUGCCAACAAAAGAUUAUCCUGCCAUAUUUGCUGAGAGUGAACCGAGUGGCUGGGACUAUGAUUACGGCUUCCGCUUACCCAAGACACCCCGAUGUGCUCCUGAACCAGAUGCUUUUAAUCCCUGUGAAGAUAUUAUGGGUUAUGACUUCCUUAGAGUCCUGAUUUGGCUGAUUAAUAUUCUAGCCAUCAUGGGAAACAUGACUGUCCUUUUUGUUCUCCUGACAAGUCGUUACAAACUUACAGUGCCUCGUUUUCUCAUGUGCAAUCUCUCCUUUGCAGACUUUUGCAUGGGGCUCUAUCUGCUGCUCAUAGCCUCAGUUGAUUCCCAAACCAAAGGCCAGUACUAUAACCAUGCCAUAGACUGGCAGACAGGGAGUGGGUGCAGCACUGCUGGCUUUUUCACUGUUUUCGCAAGUGAACUUUCCGUCUACACUCUCACCGUCAUCACUCUAGAAAGAUGGCACACCAUCACCUAUGCUAUUCACCUGGACCAAAAGCUGCGAUUAAGACAUGCCAUUCUGAUUAUGCUUGGAGGGUGGCUCUUUUCUUCUCUAAUUGCUAUGUUGCCCCUUGUGGGUGUCAGCAAUUACAUGAAAGUCAGUAUUUGCUUCCCCAUGGAUGUGGAAACUACUCUCUCACAAGUCUAUAUAUUAACCAUCCUGAUUCUCAAUGUGGUGGCCUUCAUCAUAAUUUGUGCUUGCUACAUUAAAAUUUAUUUUGCAGUUCGAAACCCAGAAUUAAUGGCUACCAACAAAGAUACAAAGAUUGCCAAGAAGAUGGCAAUCCUCAUCUUCACAGAUUUCACCUGCAUGGCACCUAUCUCUUUUUUUGCCAUCUCAGCUGCCUUCAAAAUGCCUCUUAUCACAGUAACCAACUCUAAAGUUUUACUGGUUCUUUUUUAUCCCAUCAAUUCUUGUGCCAAUCCAUUUCUGUAUGCAAUAUUCACUAAGACAUUCCGAAGAGAUUUCUUUCUGUUGCUAGGCAAAUUUGGCUGCUGUAAACAUCGAGCUGAACUUUACAGAAGGAAGGAUUUUUCAGCGUAUACCUCCAACUACAAAAAUGGCUUCACUGUAUCAAAUAAGCCUUCUCAGUCCACCUUGAAGUUGUCCGCAUUGCACUGUCAAGAUACAGCUCUCCUAGACAAGAAUUGCUACAAAGAAUAUUAA